GAUUGUUGUGUGACAUAUAUACGUACCAUUCUUAGUGGUUUUACUCAAAUUUUCAAUUGUUUUUUCGUAAUCAUGAUUGAGGAUGUUUCACCGUUUAUACAAACUGUGCUGGGUACUGGGUUAACAUGGUUUGUAACUGCGAUUGGCUCUAUGUUUUGUUUCAUCAUUUCGAAUUCCUCAACGAGUCUAAAGAAUCAGAUUCUUGACGGCAGUUUGGGUUUUUCAUCUGGAAUUAUGUUAGCUGCAUCAUUCUGGUCCCUGUUAGAACCAGCAUUGGAGAUGGCUAAAAUUGACUUAGGUCUAGGUGCAUAUUGCGUCUUCCCUGUAAUGUGCGGAUUGUCCAUCGGUGCAGCGUUUGUUGGAUUAGUGGAUACUUUUUUACCUACCCAGUGGGUCGAAACAGUGCCUGUGGCAAUUAAUGAUUCUUACUAUUCAGUGCCUAAUCCAAGCUCUAGCAUUGUAUUUGAUACGUCUAUAAAACAACGUAACUAUUUGGUAAAUAGUUGUAUAGAGUCCAACAUCAGGCAUCGUUCUGAAAACACUAUACAAGCAUAUCCAUCGUCUUCAUCAAUAAAGGUUGAUAAUGAAAAAAAUCAACUUCCGAAAUUGGUGAUAACUCGUCGCUUAUGGUUGUUAAUCAUGGCGAUUACAGUACAUAAUAUACCUGAAGGUUUUGCAGUUGGUAUUGCAUUUGGUGGACUUGGACAAUAUUCAAGAACUACUUUCUCUCAAGCGUGUAAUCUGGCGAUUGGUAUUGCUAUUCAAAACUUUCCUGAAGGUUUGGCUGUCAGUUUACCGUUAUAUUCAUCUGGAUAUGGAUUUUUCGUUAGUUUCUGGUAUGGACAAUUGUCCGGUCUUGUAGAACCGUUUGCCGGGCUUAUCGGUUGUUUGGCCGUACAUUUCUUCCGAAGACUUCAGCCUUAUGCGUUAGGCUUUGCUGCAGGAGCUAUGCUAUUCGUUGUAGUUGAUGAUAUUAUCCCUGAAUCUCAGUCCAGAGGUCAUGGCCGACUAUCAACUGUCAUGGCCCUUAUUGGCUUCGCUAUUAUGAUGUGUUUAGAAGUGGUCACAGAGACCUAGUGAAGAAAAUAAUUAGGUUUCUUAUUGAUGGAGGUUAAAUUUUCACUUGCUUUGCAGUUGGUUGACUUACUGCCCCUUACCUAAUACAAUUAUCUGAUUGUGAUAUUAUAAAAACAUAACAAAUAAUGCUUUUUUACAUGCACAUAUCAGUUGUUUGAAAAAUACUUACGUACAUCUUAAAAUAUUCCUAUGUUUACUGUUAAUGGGUGCUUGUAUCUUUAGUCUUUUGUACUCAUCUCAAUAAUUUUGAUCCUAAUUUUUGACGUAAAGAACAAAUAUUUAGGGAAAGCAAAUCAUGUAGUUUUUCUUGUCUUCUUAUGAAUUUGUAUUUUUUUCUGAUACUGAUGUUCUCUUUAUACUUUAAUAAAAUUAGACUUAAUAUUGUCUCAAAUCUUUCAGGUUUCAUGCUGGCUUGUUUGGGAUUAGAAAUCUGUCAUGUAUACCUCGUACUUUUUUAUAUUCAUGAAGAAUAAAUAGUUUUAAUUUUUGA